AUGUCUCAGCCUGCCAGCGCAGUUCCGAAACGCAUGACAACUCGAGCUAAAAAUGCUACUCAGCAUCCAGGACAUAUUCUGACUGGGGGUGAAGGCCACGCAAAGAGACGUACCAAAGCUCAAAAGUCCGCUGACGACCAGCUUGAAAAAGAAGCAAAGGAGGCAAGUGAAACAGCUGUGCAAGAAAAGCAUAAGCGCGUUGCCACAUUUCAGAAACAGAUGGAGACCGACCAAGCUGCAAUGCGUGCUGAUGCACCCAAGCCAAGUCGUCCUCGUCCACGCCCAGUAAAGAAGGGCGUGAAAGCCUCAGACACCUCCAACAUGACUACGGCGGGUGGUCAGGAAGGUGCAGGCAUUGUCGCCGAUAAGGAUGUUGGUGCCGAUAAGGCUGUUGGUGCCAAAGUCAAGGGCGGCAGGGCUAAAGGUAAAAUGACAGCUGGUGCUGACAUCGGGAAUCCUGGGAGUGAACAGGAGUUGGAGGCGCAAGUGCCAGGGACACGCAAAACGAAGGGGAGGAAAGUAAUCCCAGUGAAGACGCCAGUGAGAAAUGCGAUUGAAGCAGCAGGCCUUAUCGAUGAAUCAACAGAGGCACGUGAUCAUGAUAACCAAGUGUCUGAUGUGUAA